AAUUUACUAUAAAUAUAUUUAGUUCUCUAUGUAAUACCUUUAAUAUUCUCUUUGAAUUAUUCUUCUUAAAGUAUUCAACACUUAUUUUUCAUAUUCUUGUGAAUACAAAAAUUAACUAAAACAUACAGAGAUGAUCUCAACCAAAGUUUCAACUAUUGCUGUUACGAGAUUUCCGGUUAUUGCUUAUCAAUCUGGUUUAAAAGCCAUCCCUCGUUAUUAUUCUUCCGCACCAAUUCCUCAAACUACUUCAGCUAAACAAAGAAGAAGAAGUAUAUUGGACAUUUCAACACAAGUAUUAGAAGAUACCGAUAUUGAAAAGCAUGAUGAUAAACAAUUCAUCACUCAUCCUCUAUUUCCUCAUCCAAAGUUCUCUCAAGAAGAUUGCUUGAAAGUUUCCUUUGAACAUCGUGAACCAAAAUCUUUAGGGGAUAGAAUUGCUCUUAGAGGAAUUCAACUUGUUAGAGGUAGUUUUGAUUUUGUUACUGGUUAUAAAAAGCCUAGAAAUGAAGCUGAAGAAGUCAAUGGGUUUAAAGGAACCAGAUAUGAAAUGACUGAAGCUAAAUGGUUAACCAGAUGUAUUUUCCUUGAAAGUAUAGCUGGUGUCCCCGGUGCAGUUGCAGGAUUCAUUAGACAUUUGCAUAGUUUACGUUUACUUAAACGUGAUAAAGCUUGGAUUGAAACAUUAUUGGAUGAAGCUUAUAAUGAAAGAAUGCAUUUGUUAACAUUUAUUAAAUUGGGUCAACCUUCGAUAUUUACUAGAAGUAUCAUUUAUGUCGGUCAAGGGGUGUUUGCUAAUUUAUUCUUUUUGUUUUAUUUGGCCAAUCCAAAGUAUUGUCACAGAUUUGUUGGUUAUUUAGAAGAAGAAGCUGUUAGUACUUAUACUCAUCUUGUUAAAGAAUUAGAUGAUCCAAAUAAAUUAGCUAAAUUCAAGCAUCUUAAGAUUCCAACUAUUGCUGUUCAAUAUUGGCCUGAAUUAACUGAAGAAUCUUCAUUCAAAGAUUUGAUUUUGAGAAUCAGAGCUGAUGAAGCCAAACAUAGAGAAGUUAACCAUACACUUGCUAAUUUGAACCAAAAUGCUGAUAGAAAUCCAUUUGCUUUACAAAUCAAAGAUAUUGAACAACCUCAACCAGAGAAUGGUUUGAAAGUUACUCAAGGUAAAGGGUGGGAUAGAGAUGAUUUGAUUUUAUAAUUAAUGACUGCUAUUUUAUGAUUAUGUACGACUCUGUUUUUUUUCUUUACGAAUUUUAUAUGAUAACUAUUAUAUACAUCAAAUAUAUAUAUACUGUAUCUGUUGUUAAA